GCAGCCAGAUGUUCCACUAGAAAGCCAGCAGCUGCUAGAAGGAGUCUUUCCAGACCCGCUUCAACAGUGACUGCAAAAUACUCUUAACAGAAGAUAUGAUUGUGUUGAUUUUUCUCUUUGCCUUGCUGUGGGAUACAGCUGCUGGCUGGGGGUUCAAGGACGGAGUUCUACAUAACUCUAUCUGGCUAGAACGAGCGGCAGGAGUGUACCAUAGAGAAGCAAGGUCUGGAAAAUACCAGCUCACGUAUGCAGAAGCAAAAGCAGUGUGUCAGUAUGAAGGAGGACAUCUAGCCACAUACCAGCAGCUGGAGGCUGCAAGGAAAAUAGGGUUUCAUAUGUGUGCGGCUGGCUGGUUAGCGAAAGGAAGAGUUGGCUAUCCCAUUGUCAAACCUGGAAGCAACUGUGGCUUUGGAAAGACUGGGAUUGUGGACUACGGCUUUCGGCUCAACAGGAGUGAGAAGUGGGAUGCUUACUGCUUCAACCCUAAUGGAAAAGCCUGCGGUGGAAUCUUCACAGAUUCAAAGCACAUCUUUAAAACCCCUGGCUACCCAAAGGAAUAUGAAAACGAUCAAACUUGUUAUUGGCAUAUAAGGGUGAAAUACGGCCAACGGAUUCAAAUUCAGUUUCUCGACUUUGAUCUUGAAGACGAUACAGCGUGCAUGGCUGAUUACUUAGAAAUAUACGACAGCUAUGAUGACGUAAAUGGUUUUGUCGGCAGGUAUUGUGGAGACGAACUUCCAGAAAAUGUAAUCAGCACAGGUAAUGUAAUGACACUGAAGUUUUUGUCCGAUGCUUCAGUAACGGCAGGAGGCUUUCAGAUUAAAUACAUUGCUUUAGAUACACCCAAAAAGAGUGAUGGGAAAAAUACAACUACCCAAGACAACAAAAAUUACUUAGCUGGAAGAUUUGGCAUUGUAUAAAAGAACAUUGACAUGAAAGAAGAAUUUGCCUUGGAUGUUUAUUAAAGACAUUCCCCUAUCCCCAAGCACCAACUUGAUGUUCCUCCCAGUGGAUCCUAUUCGCCAUAAUUUCCUGUUACCUCCUCCCAAUGUGAUCUCUCUUUUUUUGCUGAUCUUCAGUGAUCCAUACCCCUUUGGACUGAUGCUUCUCACCAUCAUGUGAUUCCUCCCUUGACUUUAUCUGCUUCUCUACCCGUCACCAUAAAUGGGUUAAAAAGCCUGUUGUUUUUGUUUCAAGUUUUUAGCUAAAGUUCCAAGGGGCCAUGCAAUUGUGUGCAAAUAACUCCCCUUCCUGCUUCACAGCUGCUCAGAGAUAGCCACUUUGAAUUUUAAGCAGUGAUCAUUUCCUUGAGCCAAAAAGAUGAAGAAAUAUUUACUCCUAGACCCUAUAAUCAUUGUACUAUAUUUGAUGUAUUAUUGAGAUUUCUAAAUAUAUAUUUAUCAAACAUCAA